GAGAGAAACAUUGAUCGGUUGUCUCCUGUAUGUGCCUGGCCUGGGUCUGUGCCCUGACUGGGACGAUGCUCCACCAACAUAUCCACCCAGCUAGGGCUCCUCUCCCCGUUUCUUUACUCCUGUUCACAGCUGUCUAGCAGAGGGUGCUAAUGGCCCAGGCUCCCUGGGGCUACCACCCCACUGUGUGAUGGGGGUGGGGGUGGGGGUUUGUGUUCCAUCUAACAGGAAGGGAAAUGCUGAGCUCUGGGAUCUCCUCCCUUUUCCACCCCAGCUGCCUCUGUUUCCUCCCUCAUUCCCCCCCUACCCUCCCUCAGCUUCCUGCUCCCUCUGGCCUGCCCUUGUCCGGUUUGGACUGAGCCAGACCUCCUCUUCUUCCCCUCCUUUCCUUCUCCCCCUUCCCUCCCACCCCCACUUUACUCUUCCCCAGAUACUAGUUGUUUGUAUGGGGGUGGGGGUGGGCGAGGGUAGCUCUGCCUCUGCACGAGUUCUGGAUGGGGGCCGUGGUGGGGGCUCAGCCCCUCCGAGCCUGUGAGUCAGCACUGUCUUCGGGAUUGGCCUCUCCCUUAGUCCCCGCCCUUGGGGAGGAGCCUGGCAGCUCUGGGUCCAGCCUGCUCCUCUCUCAGCCAGAGAAGAGGCUCCACGCUGGGCGGGGAUGGGGCUUGAAACUGUUUGUGUCUGAACUGGGGGAGCCAGAGGCAUUGGAGCCACUGUCCCUCUUCCUUCCCAGGACCCUUGAGAUCCCGGGGCCAUAAAGGGCCACUCAGGCUAAGGGCCUGGGGAUGCCCCCUGCCUGGCCCCCUUGCCCUGACUGGCAGGGGGGCCAGGCUGGGCUGCAGCCUCCCUCUCACUCCAGCCAUGGAUCUCCUGCCCCCCAAGCCCAAGUACAACCCACUCCGGAAUGAGUCUCUGUCAUCGCUGGAGGAGGGGGCCUCAGGGUCCAGCCCACCGGAGGAGCUGCCGUCCCCCUCAGCCUCUUCCCUGGGGCCCAUCCUGCCACCUCAGGCUGGGGACGAUAGUCCCACUACCCUGUGCUCCUUCUUCCCCCGGAUGAGCAACCUGAAGCUGGCCAACCCGGCUGGGGCACGCCCGGGGCCCAAGGGGGAGCCAGGCCGGGUGGCCGAGGAUGGGGAGGGGACCGCCGGGGCAGCCGUGCCAGACUCAGGCCCCCUGCCCCUCCUCCAGGACAUGAACAAGCUGAGUGGAGGCGGCGGGCGCAGGACUCGGGUGGAAGGGGGCCAGCUGGGGGGCGAGGAGUGGACCCGCCACGGGAGCUUUGUCAAUAAGCCCACACGGGGCUGGCUGCAUCCUAACGACAAAGUCAUGGGACCCGGGGUUUCCUACUUGGUUCGGUACAUGGGCUGUGUGGAGGUCCUGCAAUCCAUGCGUGCCCUGGACUUCAACACCCGGACUCAGGUCACCAGGGAGGCCAUCAGUCUGGUGUGUGAGGCUGUGCCAGGUGCUAAGGGGGCUUCGAGAAGGAGAAAGCCCUGUAGCCGCCCACUCAGUUCCAUUCUGGGGAGGAGUAACCUGAAAUUUGCUGGAAUGCCAAUCACUCUCACCGUCUCCACCAGCAGCCUCAACCUCAUGGCCGCAGACUGCAAACAGAUCAUCGCCAACCAUCACAUGCAAUCUAUCUCAUUUGCGUCCGGCGGGGACCCGGACACAGCUGAGUAUGUCGCCUAUGUUGCCAAAGACCCGGUGAAUCAGAGAGCCUGCCACAUCCUGGAGUGUCCGGAAGGGCUCGCUCAGGACGUCAUCAGCACCAUUGGCCAGGCCUUCGAGUUACGAUUCAAACAAUACCUCAGGAACCCGCCCAAGCUGGUCACCCCCCAUGACAGGAUGGCUGGCUUUGAUGGCUCAGCUUGGGAUGAGGAGGAGGAAGAGCCACCUGAUCAUCAAUACUAUAAUGACUUCCCGGGGAAGGAACCCCCUCUUGGGGGGGUGGUGGACAUGAGGCUUCGGGAAGGAGCCCCCCAAGGGCCUGCUCGACCCACUCUGCCCAGUGCCCAGAGCCCCAGCCACCUGGGAGCUACGCUGCCUGUGGGGCAGCCUGCAGGGGGAGACCCAGAAGUCCACAAGCAGAUGCCACCUCUGCCACACUGCCCAGCAGGCAGAGAGCUCUUUGAUGACCCCUCCUAUGUCAACAUCCAGAACCUGGACAAGGCCCGGCAAGCAGGGGGCGGGGCUGGGCCCCCCAAUCUUGCUGUCAAUGGCAGUGCGCCCCGAGACCUCUUUGACAUGAAGCCUUUUGAAGAUGCCCUUCGGGUGCCUCCACCUCCCCAGUCAGUGGCCAUGGCUGAGCAGCUCCGAGGGGAGCCCUGGUUCCAUGGAAAGCUGAACCGGCGGGAGGCCGAGGCCCUGCUGCAGCUCAACGGGGACUUCCUGGUGCGGGAAAGCACGACCACCCCUGGCCAGUACGUGCUCACUGGCCUGCAGAGCGGGCAGCCCAAGCACCUGCUGCUGGUGGACCCUGAGGGUGUGGUUCGGACAAAGGAUCACCGCUUCGAGAGCGUCAGUCACCUCAUCAGUUACCACAUGGACAAUCACUUGCCCAUCAUCUCUGCGGGCAGCGAACUGUGUCUACAGCAACCGGUGGAACGGAAAUUGUGAUCCGUCCCAGGUGCUUGCCGGAAGACUCCCUUCAACCCGCCCACUAUCCCCUGACUUCAGGACCUCACUUUGGAGUGUUCUGUGAGCUUGGCCUUGUGUAGGAGCUGGGGGUAGUGUGGACACUGGGUUUAGCAUCCAGCUCAGGGAGAGGGUUUGAGUCAGGAGCCUGGGGUAGAAUCCUACUUCUCCCCAAACCUCACCAAAGUAUUAACCUAGAGUGGCCCCUUCCCAGGGCCUUUCCUGUGCCAACCUGAUAGCCCCUUCCUCAGGAAGGUGGGUGCUCAAGGCCUGGGCCGUGUGCCUCGUAAUGGAAAAUGUCCUGUGAUGACAGGCAGUCACCCUUCCAGGAAACGAGCAACAAACCACACCUCCGGUCUGCCCCUGGGCUCAGGGUACUCCAGCCCCUCUCAAUAGCCCUCCCUUCCCAGUGUUUAAACUUUGUGCCUUUGACCAUCUCCUAGUUCUGAAGAUAUUUUAUGCAAAGAGUUCUUGGGCCCCUGAGGCCAAGGAUAGGGGUGCUGAUCCCCUGGCUUCUGGGACCCUGUCCUCCUUGCUCAGCAUCCCUCCAGUUUAGGUUGGGAGAACAGAAGCAGGAGUGGCAGCUGUUCCCUCUCCCUGGGCAUAUGCCACCUUUACAGAUUGCCUCAGAGCUCCCCUCCCCGCCAGGGGGGAGAUGGACCCCUUCUUUGCUCAGUGCCUCCUGGCCGGGGCCUUUGUCCCCAGGGGUUUGUAUAUACAUAUUGUUCACCCCACCCCUUCCAUGUUGCAUGCAUGUUAUAUUCUACAGCCAAAGUGUAGCCCUUCCGUAGCCUCCACGCUGCCUCCCUGUGCUAGGGUGGUGGGGUGAUGACAAUUUGGGCUCCCGAACUGUUAGCUCUCCGAGGUAGAUUUUGUGGAGGCAGGAACGGGCAUUGAGACUCAAAAGCAGUAGACAAUCCCCAAAUACCAUCUGUAGAUUUGGAUCUGCAUUUAUUUUUUAUGCAUAUAUUUUAGGGCUGUAGAUUUACUUUCCUAAUUUGUUUUCUAUGGCUUAUUCUUGAGCACAAAAGGUUGGUAACCGAUGACAUUUAUACAUCACCUCCUGGACUUUUCAAAGCCCUUUUCCAACUAUUGGCAUUUCCUCAGCCCAGCCUGUGUGGCAUUUGGGGUCGACAGCAUUGCCUUUUCUAGGAGACCCAGGUCAGAAGUCCGUGGGGAGUUGAUACCGAGGCUGCCGGCUGCCGGCUGCCGGCUGCCGGGACGUUUGGUUGAAUGGCCUGUUUCAGGGUCGGUGGGUGGGGGGACUUGACGCCUGCAGUUACUGAAGACCUUCUAGGGCGACUCUGUGAGGCCACUCCGACCUAGAAGCCUCCAGCCCGUCCCAAGGGAGAGCUGGCUGUCCGGACCCGCGCCUCCUUUUUGUUGUUUAGCUGUUUUCACCGGCCUCACUUAUACCAAAGGGAAGGAAUCUUCAUUAAAGUCCGUAUUUCUUCUA